AUGGGUGGAAAACCUCCAAAUGCAAUAAUAACUGAUCAAGAUAAGGCUAUGAAAGUUGCAAUUAAAGAGGUAUUUCCAAAUACUCGACAUCGAUUUUGUCUUUGGCAUAUACUUAGAAAGGUUCCUGAGAAGCUUAGUCACGUAUUAAGAAAAAAUUCCGACUUCAUGAGAUAUCUCAACUCAUGCAUUUACAAGUCUUGGUCAAAGCAGGAAUUUGAAGAUAAAUGGCAAGAAAUGGUGGAAAUAUUCCAGCUACGCGGGGAUGCUUGGAUUGAAUCUUUAUAUGAUGAGCGUGAGCAUUGGGUUCCCGUUUACAUGAAGGAUACUUUUUUUGGUGGUAUGUCAACGACUCAGAGAUCAGAAAGCAUUAAUUCAUUUUUUGAUAAAUACGUCUGUAAGAAAACUACCUUAAAAGAAUUUGUUGAAAAAUACAAAGUUGCUUUGACGGAUAGAGAAGAGGCAGAAAAACUAGCUGACUUUAAUACUUGGCACAAGCAACCUGUUCUUAAAACUCCUUCCCCUUUUGAAAAGCAAAUGUCAGUGAUUUACACACAUGAAGUAUUUAAGAGAUUUCAAGUAGAAGUUUUGGGAUUAUCAGGCACUCUUGUUUUGAAAGAGCAUAAAGAUGAUCAAAUUACUACAUUUAAAAUCUUGGACUUUGAGAAAAAUGAGGAGUUUGAUGUAGAAUGGAAUGCAUCAAAAGAGGAAAUUUCUUGCUUAUGUCGCUCAUUUGAGUUUAAUGGAUAUCUAUGUCGACAUUCAUUGAUGGCACUUUUAGUUGCUGGUGUCUGA